AUAAUAAAAGAACAAGAUACUAAAGUACCAAAUGCUGCUAUAUUUACAGUCAAUAAAGAAGAUCAUACACUAGGAAAUAUGAUUCGCAAUCACAUUUAGGAAGCCAGCGAAGAUCGAAUAAAAUGGAAAAGAUGUAUCAAAGUACUUUGGAGGAUAUUUUGAAGAUAUACGUACCACCGGCAGAAUUGGCUGAAGUUAACCGCCUUUUAUAUGGACGUGAAUUAAAAUCAUUGCAAAUAGACAAGGAAGAUGAUAAAUAUGAAAUUAAAGGAUGGAUGCUGCAUAGUAAUAUCGUGGAAGAAAUUCGUCCUAUACACUUAGUUCGUGUUGGAUUGAUACAACAUAGCAUUGUAUUAGACACAUCAGCUCGUAUUAUUGAGCAACGAACUGCAAUAACAAUGAAAAUUGAAUCAUACAUUAAAGAUGCAAAUAUGAAUGGUGUUAAUAUUGUAUGUCUCCAAGAAGCGUGGAAUAUGCCGUUCGCUUUUUGUACGAGGGAAAAAUAUCCUUGGGUUGAAUUUGCGGAAGAAGCUGAAACUGGGCCUAGUACUGUGUUUCUGUCCAAGCUUGCUCAGAAAUAUGGUAUGGUAAUAAUAUCGCCAAUUUUGGAAAGAGAUUCUAUUAACGGCGAUACUCUGUGGAAUACCUGCGUGGUGAUUAAUACAGAUGGUACAGUUUUGGGAAAACAUAGGAAGAAUCACAUUCCUCGUGUCGGAGAUUUUAACGAAUCUACAUAUUAUAUGGAAGGCAACACAGGACAUCCCGUUUUUAAUACUCCUUUUGCACGUAUCGCAAUCAACAUAUGCUACGGUCGUCAUCAUCCGUUAAACUGGUUGAUGUUUGGCUUGAAUGGAGCAGAAAUAGUUUUUAAUCCGUCGGCAACUACUGGAGAAUUGUCAGAACAUUUGUGGCCGAUUGAAGCGAGAUGUGCCGCUAUAGCAAAUAAUUAUUUUACUUGCGCUAUCAAUCGCGUCGGAACCGAAUAUUUUGAGCAUGAAUUUACAUCCGGCGAUGGGAAACCAGCGCAUAAGAAUUUUGGACAUUUCUAUGGUUCAAGUUAUAUUACUGCUCCUGAUGGCACACGAACUCCAGGUUUAAGUCGUCACAAAGAUGGGCUGCUUAUUGCAGAAUUAGACCUCAAUCAAUGUCGACAAGUGAAAGAUAUCUGGGGAUUCAGAAUGACUCAAAGACUUGGCAUGUAUGCUAAAAAACUUUCCAACUACGUAAAGCAAAGUGGUGAAGAUUAAACGAUUGACAUAAAAAACUUAAUUUUCGAAUUAAUUUCAAUAAAUAUUUAUAUAAUUUACAAA